AUCAAAUAUCCCCCUCUAUGAUUUACAAACUGCGAACGUUAUAUUUGGCCAUAGCCAGAGGAAGGAUAACUUAAGGUAGCAGGCGUAAAAUAAACCCCUGAGUCGGUUUACGGGCUUCGUCUGUUCUGUUAUCCUUUUCCUCUAAACGGGAUGCUUCCGGUUUUAGACACCCAGCUGAGGGUUUAGGACGGAGAAGUGAGGCUGGGUAGGUGGAGCUAACACGCAGCUGCUGAUACUCGUCAAAAAUUGCAGGGCAGGAUUUGGAAACUGAAUGAACUGUGAGCAGAGGUCUCUUCACAAGACAUGGACGCCGGCCGUCAAGUAUCCUUAUGUAACACGGGGAUCACGAAAACAACAGGAUGCUCAACAGAUUCUCGAGAUUUGUCGGCGAAUCCUAAACGUAUUGUAUUUGAGAUGAACUAGUGUAGCGCUCUCCGUCGUCAGUCGAAGAGACAGGAUAUUACUCCUGGACAUAUUAUCCGUUCUGGUGUUGUCAUAAUAGGAGCGAUUUGGAAUUAAAAUACCUAUUUCCACGUGAUUCGGUUGUUGACGCGACAUACAGUACUGUAUCUCUAAAUAUGAGAUUGGGGGGGACACGUCAGUGACGCUGGGAGCAUGCUGGACAAUAAGUUCUCAUAGGCGACUUUUCUAUAGGACUUGUAUUCUACACAUGCUUGCAUUGGAAGGAAAAGGCAGAUCGACGGGCGGGAUAGCGUGGUCCACUUGAAUCCCUGUGUCGCCCGAGUUGGUCAACAGCUUUGGAAACACCAUUCAAAGACAGUGAAUCGUGGACUCAUAUUCCCAAAAACGAGCCGAGCAAAUAACAGACGGAAUAAUUUGUUUUAACAUUAUUUUUUUUGUCUUAUUUUUUCCCUUUUCACAACAGUUUGUGCCCACUGAAUAAAACCACAAUAUAGGUCGGUAGCGUGACUUCAUCGGACGGGUUGGAGAACAAGACGUUAUAUUGUUACAACUCUGUUGGGGAGGAAACCCUCUGAUGCGUUCCUGCGACAUGUGAUGACAUCCUUCGUUGCGCUCGGUGUUUUUGAAACCCUCUCGUGUCUUCUUUAUUCGAACGGGAGGAGAUCAAAGGACAUUUGCUCUCUAUUUCGGGCUGCCGUUCGUUUUGCGUGAUGUACGACAGUGAGGAUGCGGUGGGACUCACCCCGAGUCCGAACCGGUUUUUAACUAUGGAUUACUACCACCAGAACCGAGGAUGUCUAAUCCCUGAUAAGAGCCUCGUACCUGCGGCACACCGUCCCUUCAGUUCGUCCAUCAGAAAUCAACACUGGAACGGAUCAAACCACUCCAUAGAGACCCAGAGCACCAGCUCGGAGGAGAUAGUCCCCAGUCCCCCCUCGCCGCCUCCUCCCCCACGAAUCUACAAACCCUGCUUCGUUUGUGCGGACAAGUCCUCAGGAUACCACUAUGGAGUCAGCGCCUGCGAGGGCUGCAAGGGUUUCUUCCGCCGAAGCAUCCAGAAGAACAUGGUGUACACCUGUCAUCGCGAGAAAGGCUGCAUCAUCAACAAGGUCACCCGCAACCGCUGCCAGUACUGCCGCCUGCAGAAGUGUUUAGAAGUGGGCAUGUCCAAGGAGUCGGUGAGGAACGACCGGAACAAGAAGAAGAAGGAGGAGAAGAAGCCCGAGUGUCCGGAGAUCUACGUGCUGAGUACCGAGACGGAGCAGAUGAUCGAACGCGUUCGCAAGGCCCAUAAGGAGACGUUUCCCUCGCUCUGUCAGCUGGGCAAAUACACCACGAAUAACAGUGCAGAGCACCGCGUGGCUCUAGACGUAAACCUAUGGGAUAAGUUCAGUGAGCUGUCCACUAAGUGUAUCAUCAAGACGGUGGAGUUUGCCAAACAUCUGCCGGGCUUCACCACCCUCACUAUCGCUGACCAGAUCACCUUGCUCAAGGCUGCCUGUCUGGACAUACUGAUUCUGAGGAUAUGCACGCGCUACACUCCAGACCAGGACACCAUGACCUUCUCAGACGGGCUGACCCUGAACAGGACCCAGAUGCACAACGCGGGCUUCGGCCCGCUCACGGACCUGGUGUUCGCCUUCGCCCAAACACUCCUCCCCCUGGAGAUGGACGACGCCGAGACCGGCCUGCUCAGCGGCAUCUGUCUGCUGUGUGGAGACCGUCAGGAUCUGGAGCAGGCAGACAAGGUGGACUUGCUACAGGAGCCCCUACUGGAGGCUCUGAAGAUCUACGUGAGGAAGAGGAGGCCUCACAAACCGCACAUGUUCCCCAAGAUGCUGAUGAAGAUCACGGACCUCAGGAGCAUCAGCGCCAAGGGAGCGGAGCGAGUGAUCACUCUGAAGAUGGAGAUCCCAGGCUCCAUGCCCCCUCUCAUCCAGGAGAUGCUGGAGAACUCAGAGGGCCUGGAGGGCCAGGGGGCCAACGGGGGGCGCUCCAGCGGAGGAGGGGCCCCACCAGGCAGCUGCAGCCCCAGCCUGUCCCCCAGUUCAGCUCGCAGCAGUCCCCCUGCACCCUCUCCUUAGACGGGGGUCCACCACCACCCCCCCAGGCAGGGACAGCCAGAAGGCAUGACUACAGACUCCCACACUGUGACAAACCAGGCCAGAGUGGAGUGGGGUUAGGAAGAGGGCCGAGCCUGGGCCCAACCAGGACGGACUUUGACGGCAAACGUAGGCCUCAAUGGACAGACAGCCGUCCCCCCCUCUUCCCCUAUCUCAGACCCAGACCGGGCACCGAAACGGGGCCGAACCCGAACCCAUCAUACUUGACUGAACAAUAGAGGGGGGGCGCGCGGCGCGCAUCUCACCUGGAUGGCACUAUCCCCAUCACCCCCUCACCACAACCAUAGACAUGCCUCAGAACCAGCACCAGGGAUCGGCUGCCACCGCACAAGGAGUUUAAUCUGAGAUGUUCUGUUUACUCUCCUCAGUGACGACUCGCUGUUCCUCCUCUCUCCCCCUUAAGACAUUGGACGGGAAUUCAGGCUCGGUGCCCGUCAGACCUGGGGCGAAGGGGUCGACAAGACACACGUCUUUCUGCAGGGAACUAGUCAGACAGACGGACCGCUAGACAUUGGGCACGAGUCAUCCCUAAAUGUUGUCAGGGACAGCAAACGGGGGGCCCAAAGGGGGGGCUGCCUCACCUUCUCCUAUACAAGAGACCGAUUUUUUUUUUCUUACAAAAGAUAUAUGGAAAUAUAAAUAUAUAUAUUGAAAAAGUAAUGAUUGCAAUUUGAAUUGUCCAGGUGGAAUGUCUUUUUUCCAUUUUUUUUUUUCUCACACUGUUCUUCAACUUGUGAUUUCCCCCCCCACCUCCCCAGACCUAGUGGUUUGUUCUCUUCGUUUCACCCAGGAAUAUCGGCACACUAAGUAGUCACAGUGGAAAUGUGUUUUUUUUCUUCUAUCAACUCGAAAGAUAAGUAGAACAAAAAUGAUUUCAGAUGCAAUUCACUUUAUGCACGAGACCUCUUGCACUGUCACGUUCACAGGUCGGAUCAAAUUGAUACACAAACUGGACCGGGUUGGGUUGGCAUCUCUCUGUUUUGUUCUGUUUACAGUAUUUUGUUUUUUUUUGUGGGUGGAAGAUAAAAGAGAACAGUCGUCGUGGGGUUAUGAAGAUGCUCUGUACGAAAAUAGCAGCCGUGACAAAAUGUACAUAAGACGUAUUCCUUCUUUUUAAAGUACACGGACUCUAGACCUUUUUUGACGUUGUCAAAGCUUUUUAUGUUCAGCGUUUUUUGUUCUCGUUUUGGUUUCUGAAGUGAAGGCUUUGAUCACUAAUCGACUGUUUAGACCACUUGAGGAAGGGGCUGAGUUCUAGGACCACCACGGCCGUUGACCUCCAGUCAAGAGUUACAUUUCUACUUCACCUGAAAUAAAAAAGGAACGAUUUAUGACAAUUUGUUGACCAACAACUCCGUGAUCCCCUUCUCCCCCUCUUUCCCAAGGUGGUCCCUCCCUCAUUCCACGCCUGGAUAGUGUAUGUAUUACCCCCCCCAGCACCACUGCCUCUGUACUGUAGCACAUUGUCAAUAUCUCUGCCCCCCCCCCCCCCCACCGUCAGUCCCAAACUGUACCACGUUACCAGUAUGCUCACAACACCUCUGCCUAUGUAGCACAUUGACAGUAGGAUGUAUCCAUCUAUGUCCAUGUAAACUCUGUGACCCGAUAUCAGUAUGCUCACAACACCGCUGCCUAUGUUCCCCAUGUCUCUCUAGUCCGCCCCCCCCCCCCCCCCCACCACACAACACAACAGCACUGCCUCCGUAAGUCUGUUUCACAGUAUCGGCACCUCUAUCUAUCACAGCAACACAACUGCCUCUGUUUACACACUGUCAGUAUUUAUCUGUCUGUCAUCCCGGACUCUUGUGUCACAUUCGAGUACCUAGCUAUUCCCUAGCCUGGCCUUAGAUCAGUUGGUGCUGUCUUGACAAUGAAAUAGGAGUGGGCAAGACAGCACAAAGUGAUCCGGGAUCAGGCUAUCUAUUCCCCCCCCCCCUCUCUAACCGCUGUUUACGCACUAGUGUAACUUACCUACCAAUCUCCUUGGUGUUCAGUAGCAGUGGAUCUGCCCCUCACAACGGAUCGAACGCUGCUCGUGGCCAACCUCACUGCAGCCAGUAUGACAACGCACAACUGUCCCCGUCCCCCCGUCCCCCCCCCCCCGCACUCACUUGUAAUGCAAUCGGAUGCACAACCAGCAUUUGCGGAUAAAAGAAAUAACUGUUUUGAUUAUGCCAGAUCAUUGGACGAAGAGAAUAACGUUUAAUAAAGAACCAUGUCUGUG